UUUUUUACAAUUAAGAAACACCAAGAAGCCAAGCAAACAGUUUUAAUAAUUGCAAACCUACAAAAUUGGGCACGUGUUUCAGUAUAAAAUGUUCAAUGUGUACUUACUGAGCAUUAAUUACAAAUACAUGCAAGAAGCACCAAAUGGCACAACCAGUACUAGUGGCAUCUCUGCACAGUGCAAGCAAGUACUGUUCUUUAGAACAAGCCACUAAACAGAGUCCCGUGUGAUGCCAUGGACAGUGUGAAGAUGGAAUCUGUCCCAAUUAAAGAGGAGUUCCCUGAACUUAUCCCCAUUAGAGUAGAGUUCUGUGGGCUGGCUUCCCUCCCCAUUAAACAGGAGCUCUGUGAAAUGGAAUGUGACAGCAGUCAGCCAGAGGUCUCUGAGAUUAAAGCUGAGCACAAUGAAUUGGAGAUCCCCCAGACAGAAGAACUGCUUCUUGUUAAACAAGAAGAGGUGCUGGAAAUUAAACAGGAGCCCCCUGAAGUAGAGUUUGAACACAUGGAACCAGUGAAGGAGGAAUCCGAGGACUUCAAACCAAACAUCCCUGAGCUGGAACCUAUAUGCCUGCGGGAGGGUAGCAUGGUGCUGGAGAGAAUCUGCGUGAGAGAGCAAGGCGCUAGAGAGGAAGGCUCUACCAACAGCACACAAGAUGGAAAGGAAGACAGGCGGUCAUAUUCAGAAUGCAGUCUAGCAGGUUCCAGUCCAGGUGCUAAAGCGAGGGCGGGCGGUGGAGAAUAUCCUGACUGUUGGAAAGGUUUCAGUGACUCCAGAACUCUGAAAAAACACCAGCGAAUUCACAGAGGAGAAAAACCAUAUUGCUGCUUUGACUGUGGGAAGCAUUUCAGACAGUCACAACACCUGAAAACACACCAGCGAAUUCACACAGGAGAGAAACCGUAUCUCUGCUCUGACUGUGGGAAGAGUUUCAGAGAUUCAGGAGACCUGCAAAAACACCAGCGAAUUCACACAGGAGAGAAACCAUAUUGCUGCUCUGACUGUGGGAAGAGUUUCAGUCAGUCGCACAGCCUUGUUUCACACCAGCGAAUUCACACAGGAGAGAAACCAUAUCUCUGCUCUGACUGUGGGAAGAGUUUCAGAGAUUCAGGAGACCUGAAAAAACACCAGCGAAUUCACACAGGAGAGAAACCAUAUCUCUGCUCUGACUGUGGGAAGAGUUUCAGAGAUUCAGGAAACCUGAAAAAACACCAGCGAAUUCACAGAGGACAGAAACCUUAAGACCAUGUUCAAUGGGACUUUUCACUAAUUCGAGGGGGGGAGGGGAGGGGGGCAUUAACCUUGCAUUAUGAGUCCCUGCGUAAUAAUAAUCUUUUUAUAUCACUCUUAACAGCAGGCAUUUUAAAUGGUAAAGAUGCACUUGAGAAAGUGGGCGCUGAUGCAGACACGUCUCUAGUUUAACUCAGGCUGUUAAUGCAGUCAGUGCCUGGGAGCAGGAAUAUACAGAAAGGAAACUAUUCUGCAACUUAUCUGAUAUAUGAGUCGGGAGAAAUCAGUAACUCGGUGGAUUUAAAUUUAAAUUUGAUUAAUUUGAAAAUAAAUGAACUGAUCAACAAUUAUCCCGACUUCGGUAUAUAGCAUCCAGAGACAAGACUGUGUCGUCCUUACUGAGCAAUCAACCUGGAUGAUUUGUCUUAUAAAUUCAUCACUUUUCUAAAACAAAUGAAAAAUGAUAGUGUCCGAUGGCUGUAUUAUGACACGAAUCACUGAAUAUUGCGUGACGUGUAGCUUUGCACUGUGCAUUAGUCAUGCUUUUAUUUUAGCCUGCUUUUAAAUUGCCCCAAAUAAUACAAAUGUGGCAAGCAUGUGUAUGGAUAUUAGGUAUAGAAAGGCAAGUAAACGCGUGGGGGGUCUAUUGAUUUUGCAAUAGAUUUAUUUAUCUUUAGUACAGAUAGCUAUAUACCAGUGCUAGACCUUGUUAAAUUGUGUAAUGAGGACGUGUGUAAUCGGAGUUCUUGUGAGACUUGACUCUACAAUUCACCCUUAAAAGUGUGCUGAUUUAACAAUUGAUUAAUAGGGCUGCAACGAAGGGUACAUUUUGACCUUUGAAGGUUCUGAACACACUUUCCGAAGGAAGGUUUGAACCUUCAAUGGUACUAAUUUGCAUAAUUGACUGAUGACGUCACCAUAGCUACAUAUUUGUUCAUAUUUGAUUGGAAAUCAUGUUAUUUUACAAGUAAUCUAUAUAAAUGGAAUAAAACAUUCACAUGUAGUUUAAAAAUACGUUCCAUAGAACAGUAAUCAUGCUUUUAUAAUUUAAAUACAAAUAAGAAUGCACAUUGUUUAUUUAUACGUAAUUGAUGCUGCUUGCGAUAUAAACAGUAAGCUUGCAUUGCAGCAGCAUCUUAGCAGCCAAUUAAAAUAAUUGCAGCUGACAAAGCUUUAUUUAACAGUCACCAUUCCAAGCAGGUUAUCGGUCACAGUCACAUUUUACUACUACUAAAAAUAAAAAAAAUAUGACCCUGGAGAUUGGUUGUGCCCCCAUGAUACAUCAACAGUCGCUUGGACAGUUCGCAUUCAACUUUUUUGGUCAUCUGGGCAUUUAACAAAAAAUCCCAAACAGCAGAAGGGUUUCGAGAUAUUUCUUUCAAUACAGCUUACGCUCUACAGCUCUGCUGUUGAGAUGGCGAAUGAAGAAAUUAAAGUUCUGCUUCCUCGAUACACAAGGGGGUGGGGAGGACAGUGCUCAGUUUUAGAAAUUAAAAUUAUUAGUGUUAGAAUAUAUUCUGUUUGUUUCAAACAUAUUCUACCAUAGCACUUCUCUUACACUGUGUUGUACACUAGGUAUUCAGUACAUAUUUUACUGUCCAAUGCCCGGGACAACAAGAUUUGUGUGAGGGACAAGAAGUUUUACUGUUCUACUUUGUCCGUCAGACAAGUAAUUUUUAUGUAUUUAUUUGUCCUAUGUUCGUUCUUUUGCUAGAAAGACACUACAGGUAUAUUUGUAGAGAGCCACGCAAGUUUCUGAAAACUGGACUGCGGAAGUCCAGCACCAAAGCGCAAACGUACCACCCCUAUCACUUCUGAUUGGCGAGCUGUGGAAGAAGCUGAUCUUCUGUUGGUUACAAAGAAACCCAGAAAUGGCUGCCAAGAGAGCCUCUGGCAAUGCACAGACUAAUCUUUUAAACUUAAUGUAUUAUUUAAGUUUUUAAUAAAUUAGCAAAUAAGUGAUACUGCUUUUUUUUUUUUAAUGUUUGUAUAAAUUUAGAAUGUCCAAUUAUUUUUACUUUAGGACUUCACACUGACAUGCGAUGUCACACUGCUUUUGAUAAAGCAGGGUUCACAUGGGUGACAGUAGCAAGUAAACAAUGCAUGUAUCAAUGCCCCAGAAGCAGCUUGUUACUGACGCUUCCAUCCAAGCUUCUCUGGAUUGAACCGUCGGCCCAAAUGCUGAUUAGAGCAGACAUUUCUUUUUGGCUCACGUGUGUGUAAAGCAACAAAAAUAUGGCUCAACAGAAUAAACAAAAAUGUUCCUUGCUGAAGUAAAACAAAGAAGAGAGCUUGAGCUGGCAACAGUAAAAACGGCAGAAGGGUUUGGUUCUUGAGAGAGAGGAGCCAAAAGAGUUUGUUAAAUCCAGUAGUAAACUUAAAAGAGGGACAUCAUUAACCAACAAGGUGCAUUGUUUUGGAGGCGUGAGUCACGGCUGGCAGUGACUAAAUAAAUACCUGUAAAUAGUAAACCAUGAAUUCGAAACCUGCAAUCCCUGUCUCCGUCUGUCUUCAUUUUCACAAAACAUUAUUAUUAUUUAUUUCUUAGCAGACACCCUUAUCCAGGGCGACUUACAAUUGUUACAAGAUAUCACAUUAUUUUUAGAUACAAUUACAUUAUUUUGUACACAUUAUUUUUACAUACAAGUACACAUUUAUACAGUUUUUCUUUUUUUUUACUGGAGCAAUCUAGGUAAAGUACCUUGCUCAAGGGUACAGUAGCAGGGAUUCCCACCUAGGAUUGAACCCAAGACCCUCCAGUCAAGAGCCUUAACACUACUCCACACUGCUGCCCUAAUCCACUAAUACAUUACAGUAUUAGCGGAUUAGAAAAAAAAUCGUGUUGUGUAAUUUAUAACACUUCGUGGUCAAUGUACUUGUUGGGAUGAUUUUAAAAAAAACCUGUAAAGUUUACUGUUUAGAACCAUUUCAAGAUAAGUUUCCCUGGCAAAAAAAAUGUAAAAAUUGAUUUAUAGUGUUGCUAAUCUAGUUUGGUAUUUACCAUAUUUACAUAUUUGUUUUUUUAGAUUUAAACCCUAUAUUAAAAAAAAAACUUUUUUGUACUAGAUUUGAACAGAGUGAUAUUAGUUAUUUAUUAGACAUGCACAAUCAAUUGAUUUGCAAAACUAUUAAAACAUGGAUAUUGACAAAUAUGUGUUUAUGUGUUAAUUAAUUUA